AUGAAAGAAAUUCGUGAUUUGGACCACAAUCAACCAGAUAGCGUUAUUUUUAAUUUUUUCCUUCGGACAUCAUCAUCAUUAACAUCAACAACUACAAUAACAUCAUCAUCAUCAACAAUAACAUCAGCAAUAACAACAAUGUCAUCGUCAACAUUAACAACAACAACAACUGUAGUAAUAACAUCAUCAAUACCAACAUCAAUUUUACUAAAGCAACAUAUAGCAAUUCAUCUAUUAAAUAAUUCUAUGAAAGUGGAAGAAAAUAUUUUUUUUCUUUACGAAAUAAAAUAA